AUGGGGAGGUGCACAAAGGCGAAGGUGCAUCUACAUUUCAAGGAGGCUGCUCAACCAAAGUUUUUUAAACCGCGUCCGAUUCCAUUUGCUACGAGGCAAGCAGUCGAAGCAGACAUCGAGAGACAAGUUAAGAACGGAGUGCUAACGCCGGUCGACGUUUCGGAGUGGGCUACCCCCAUCGUCGUCGUUCCUAAGCCGAAUGGGGCUGUUCGGGUUUGCGGGGAUUUCAGUGUGACGGUGAACCCGCAGUUGGCUGUAUCGCAGUACCCACUCCCUAGGCCUGAAGAGCUGUUAGCCGUACUCAAUGGCGGACAGCGGUUUUCCAAGUUAGACUUGUCGGAAGCUUAUCUCCAGAUGGAGCUCGACGACGAAGCACAGAAGGUCCUUGUCAUCAAUACGCACAAAGGACUCUUCCGAUUUACGCGAAUGCCCUUUGGAAUCGCCUCAGCACCGGCAGUUUUUCAACGAAUCAUGGAGCAGGUCACCGCAGGCAUACCGUCGGUUGCCUGCUAUUUAGAUGACAUCAUCGUCACAGGCAAAUCCGAUGAUGAGCAUUUGGACAAUCUCCAGCAGGUCUUUAGCCGACUACGCGAGUUUGGGUUUACACUGAAGCGCGAGAAAUGUGCUUUUUUUCGGGCCGAAGUGGAGUACUUGGGGCAUGUAGUCAACGCACAGGGUUUCCGGCCAUCGCCCAAGAAGGUGUCCGCAGUGCUCAAUAUGCCAGCACCCACGAACGUCUCCGAGCUGCGGUCAUUCCUUGGUAUGGUACAACAUUACGGAAAAUACCUAAAAUCGCUUGCUGAUGUCGUUGCGCCCCUCAAUGACCUCCUGAAGAAAGCCGUACCGUGGGAAUGGUCUUCGGGUUGUGUGGAGGCUUUUGAAAAGGUCAAGAUGAUGCUGGUAUCUGUGGACGCGCGUACGCAUUUCGAUCCUGCAAAACCCAUUUUCUUAGCCGCAGAUGCAUCUUCUAGAGGUCUUGGAGCUGUUAUCUAUCACAAGGUCGAUGGCAAAGACAUGGCAAUGGCACACGCUUCGAAGACAUUGACUGCCCCGGAGAAGAACUACUCACAGAUAGAGAGGGAGGCCUUAGCCAUCAUUUUUGGCGUCAGGAAGUUUCAUCAGUAUCUCUGGGGCCGGAGGUUUGUUCUGUACACGGACCAUAAGCCCCUGACCACGAUCUUUGGUCCCAAGAAAGGAAUUCCUGCGACAACCGCCAGUCGCUUGCAACGAUGGGCUUUGAUCUUAAUGAACUACAUCUUUGACAUUCAAUAUACGCCAACUGCGAAAUUUGGAAACGCCGACGGCCUCUCUCGUCUGCCUGAGGGUCCAGAUGGAGACUUUGACCGAGAGAUGGAACGGGGCAUCUUCGACGUCUUCCUGACAGAGGUAAACGUAGUGUUGGACCAUCAGGUCUCUACCUUACCCAUUUCCGUCGAGGAUAUUGCUGUGGCCACGUCACAGGACCCGGACCUGGCCAGGGUGGCUGCAUUCGUUUCCGGUGGUUGGCCGACGCACGUCGAUCCCUGUUUGGAAGCGUUCUUUCAACGCCGCACGGAGCUAACGAUCUACAAAGGAUGUCUGCUCUGGGGGAUACGAACGGUGAUACCACCCAAAUUCCGAAGUCCUCUGCUAAGUCUCCUUCAUGAGGGCCAUAUUGGACAAACAAAGAUGAAGAUGUUAGCUCGGUCCUAUUUGUGGUGGCCGGGCCUCGACAGAGAUAUCGAAAGGGAAGUGAGAAGUUGUGAGCCAUGCGCCUCUGUUGCUGCCCACGAGGUACCGGUGCAACUUCACCAAUGGGAACCCGCAGAUAAACCUUGGGUACGUCUGCAUGCCGAUUUCGCUGAGCUGAAUGGGAAGCACUACCUCAUAGUAAUAGACGCCUACAGCAAAUGGCCGGAAAUAGAACAACUGACAAGCACAGCUGCUGAGAAGACUGCUAUUGCUUUUUCCGACAUGUUCACACGAAAUGGCUUGCCAGAGGUUCUGGUCACCGACAAUGGUCCACCGUUCACCAGCAAGGAGUUUAAGAACUUUCUUCAGGCAAACGGGAUACGUCACGUUCUGACGCCGCCAUACCAUCCGCAAUCGAAUGGUCUCGCGGAGAACUUUGUGCGUACCUUCAAAACAGCCCUUCGCCGCGCAGCGCUGGAAGGGACGAAGGACAGUGUUCGUAGUUUCCUGUUCAAGUACAGGAUAACCCCGCAUGCCACAACAGGGCGCUCUCCCUGUGCAAUGUUAAAUGGACGUCAGUUUCGACACUUCCUAGAUUUUAUUCGUCCUGGUCAGCCCGAUAUCUCCGGUACAGUGCGCAUGUCGCGCGAACGUCAGAAACGCAACUAUGACAAGUGCAGCCGAGACAGGAGCUUUGGGAUAAACCAAAAGGUCUGGAUGUUGGACCCUGGCAAGAAAUCCCACUGGAAAGUUGGUGUCGUUCUCUCCAAACAAGGGUCGGCAAUUUACGUCGUCGAAGAUGAGCAGCAGAGGCGACACCGCGUACACAAGGACCACCUCAAGUGCCGGCACUCCGUUGAUUCCUGGCCUGACCAAGCUUCAGUUCCAGAGGUAUUCCGAAAAGACGAGGUUCCUCUUCCCCCUCCUUGCCGCCGAGAUCCUCGUCCAGAAGAGGGGAACCAGAACGACUUCCACGAACCCCAUGGUAACAAUGACGCUAUUGCUCCUGGUCAUCACGAGCCUGGACAGGUCAUGGGCUCAGGAGAUGCUGCCACCAGGCGCUAUCCUUCGCGUCUCCGGAGAGGCCCCCAACGUUAUGGCUACAGCUAA